AUGGCUGCGCUCUACACCGGUGCACCUCCACAAGGCGGCCCAGGCUACUCGUUCAAGCAAACCCCCACAACUGUCCCAUCCGGCGAGCGGCAACAUGGUUUCUACCCAUACACCGACAACGGCGGCUCAACGCUAGGCAUCUCGGGAGCCGACUUCGCCAUCCUUGCCGGCGACACACGCUCGACAUCCGGCUACAACAUCAACACACGCUACGCACCCAAGCUCUUCAAGAUCGGCGGCGAAGGUUCCGACAACAAGGGCGCCAGGAUAGUCCUCUCAGUCGUCGGCUUCGCAGCCGACGCCCACGCCCUCAAGGAACGCCUCGACACCAUCGUCAAGAUGUACAAGUACCAGCACGGCAAACCCAUGACCGUCUCGGCAUGUGCCCAACGACUCAGCCACAUUCUCUACAACAAGCGCUUCUUCCCUUACUACGUACACGCUAUCCUCGGUGGUCUGGACGAAGACGGCAAGGGCGCCCUUUACUCGUACGACCCCGUCGGUAGCUACGAGCGCGAGCAAUGUAGGGCAGCCGGUGCGGCUGCAUCCCUCAUCAUGCCCUUCUUGGACAACCAGGUCAACUUCAAGAACAUGUACGAGCCCGGUAGCGGAGUGGGCCACGAGCUCAAGUCGAAACAAGCAGAGCCAUUGCCUAGGGACCAUGUAGAGGAUCUGGUGCGAGACGCUUUUACGAGCGCCGUGGAGAGACACAUUGAGGUUGGUGAUGGGCUGCAGAUGAUGAUUAUCACAAAGGAGGGCAUAGCUGAGACUUACACCCCACUUAAGAGGGACUAA